AUGGCAACCGAAGCCGCGAAACCGCGGUUUACCAUAAAGAAAUGGUCGGGCGUCGCGCUCUGGUCGUGGAACAUCGCAGUAGACAACUGCGCGAUCUGCAGAAAUCACAUCAUGGACCUUUGCAUAGAAUGCCAGGCCGCGGGAUCUGAGGACGCCACCAACAACGACGACCGGUGCACCGUCGCCUGGGGAGCGUGCAGUCACGCCUUCCACCUGCACUGCAUCUCAAAGUGGCUCAAGACGAGACACGUUUGCCCGCUGGACAACACGCAGUGGGACUUCGCCACGAAGGAGGCGACCUAA